AUGAAGUCGUCCAUUCUUUCCACUUUGGCCGUCGCCCUGUCUCUCACGGCGACGGUCUACUCUAGGCCCAGCCCACAGGGUCAGGAUGGAUCAUGGGACUCCAGCCAAUGGGGAGAUGGCAGCAGUGGCAACAGUGGCAGCGGAGGAGGAGCUUCAGCAGGGACUUGGGGUGCUACAACAACAAGCUCAGAGAACUCUUGGGCCGCUGCGACUUCGGCCGGUAGCUAUGCGGCAUCAACCGCAGUAUCUGCUGCGACCUCAACCUCGACUGUCGCUUGCAACAACUCACCUGACCUUUGCUCAAGGCAGUACAGCAACGUGACACACAUGGGUGCUCACGACGCAGCCUUCCUCCGAGACUCGUCGACUGACAACUCCGUCGCCGGUAACCAAUAUUACAACGCCACGAAAGCUUUGAACGCCGGAAUCCGACUGCUCUCCCUUCAGGUCCACAACUCCAACGGCACACUUCAACUGUGCCACACGACUUGCGCCCUGCUGGACGCUGGAACCCUCGAGUCCUUCUUGACCAAGAUCAAGUACUGGAUGGAUGAGAACCCGAACGAAGUAGUCACGCUGCUAAUCGUUAACUCGGACGACGAGGAUGUUGCCUCCUUCGGCGAGGUCUAUGAGAGCUCCAACAUCUCCACAUACGGCUACACCCCCACAACCGCGAGCGCCAGCAACACUUGGCCCACCCUCCAGACCAUGAUUGACGACGGAACGCGUUUGGUAACGUUUAUUGCUACUAUCACUUACUCGACCACCUACCCGUACCUGCUCAACGAGUGGGACUUCGUCUUCGAGACGGCCUACGAGGUGACCACGCUUGCCGGCCUGAACUGCACUCUGGACCGGCCAACCAGCCUGUCCGACGCCAGCUCCGCCAUCUCGUCAGGAUAUCUGCCUCUCCUCAACCAUUUCGUGUACCAGUCGAUCACGUCCAGCAUCGAGGUCCCCAACGUCGAUAUCAUUGACACCACCAACAGCCCAAACACGACCUCCAUCGGUGCUUUGGGCCAGUCAGCCUACCAGUGUAACUCAGAGUGGGGCACUGCGCCCGUGUUUGCGCUUGUCGACUUCUACAGCGAGGGCCCUGCUAUCGAGACAGCCGAUAACCUUAAUGGAAUCACUGCCGAGGGCAGGUCGGACAGCAGCAGUGCGACAAGCGAUGCGGCUUCGGGCAUCGUUUCCACCGGUGCUAAGACGGGCGCCCUGGUUGCAUUCCUUGCCGCGGCGGUCUUGAUCUUCUAA